GAAUGGAAGCUGUUGGGAAUUUAUGUCAAGAUUUCUGGUGGAGUUUCCUCUGCAACAGGAAAGUCAGGCUUCCUUUGUUCUGCCACGGCCUAGAGCCUUGCGGUACUCUGGACGCGACUGUAGCCUGCAUCUAGUCUGAAGCACAUCGGCUAUUUCACUACCGACCGACCGUGGGCAGGAGGUAUGGAGUAUGAGCCCAAGAAACAUAAAAAGGGAUUAGUUUCCCCCAUCCGACGCUUGGUCUUCCCCAAGUCGGGGCGCAAGCAGGUGGACAGGGGGGGUCUGUACCGGCGGCCCCUCCAUACUGUCCCACUUUACCCUCCAGAUUACCUCAUCCACCCCGAAAGGCUGAUCUUUGAUUAUCUGGAAAAAGAGGUGAAGUUCCUUGGCCAUUUGACCUGGGUUUCCUGUUCCUUAAACCCAUCUAGUCGUGAUGAGCUGCUGCAGCUGCUGGACACUGCCCGGACAUUAAAGGUGUUACCCUUCAAGUUGAGCCAAGAGCAGGACUGUAUCCUUAGCCUGUCGGCUCGCUGCCUACUGCUAACCUGGCGAGACAACGAGAAGCUCUUGCUGCGAAUCCCCACACAUGAGAUUGCUGCUGCCUCCUAUCUGCGAGAUGAUGCACUGCACCUCCUAGUGCUGAAAACAGGCCUGAAUGUGGACACAGUAGUUGCAGAUGGAAGUUUAGAAAAGAAGCCAGGAGGUAUUGAGGGACGCCGGCAGACAGUCAGCAAUACUGACCCACGGCCAUCAGGGGGCACUAUGGAGCGUCGACACACCAUCUGUGGAGUGGAUUGGAAGCCUUCCUCCAGACAUGAGGCCAAACAAACAGCAGGUGGAGGAGUCCAGGGAGGGGUCCAAGGGGGGGGUGGGGGGACAAGUACAGGGGGAAGCUUAGAGCGAAAGCGAGUGAGCGGUAGCUGGGAGCGCAGACAGACCCACAAAGCAGGAGGGAGUUGGGACCGCCGGCCCGUUGGGGGGAGCUGGGAAAGGCGAAACACCAGUGCGAUAGGUGGGAGCUGGGAGAAGAGGCAUGGUGGCAAGCCAGGGGGCAGCUGGGAAAAAAAACAAACAGCAGGGGGCAGCUGGGAGCGAAGGCACGCCUGUACAGGCAGCUGGGAGAGGGGCAAGUCCUACGGAAGCUGGGAGAGACGGAAUCACAACCCCCUGGAGCCAACUCCCUGCCCGGACGCCUACUGUAACCUGGUGAUACUGGCAGUGGAAAACAGGGAUGCUGCGGAGGAGUACUGUGCUUUGAUCUGCCAGAUGUUUCAGAUCAUAUAUGGACACCAGAGUAUUGAGUGUGUGGAUCGUGCUGGCUACCAUUACACUACCCCUGACAACUACUGGCUACAGAGGAGUGACAGCUGCCUGACAGAUAUGACAUAUGGUUACGAUGCAGAUUUCAGCUGCUGCAGCUCUUUCGAUGGAUCACAUGAGACCUUUGACCCUUACUACAGUGAGAACUACAGUGAGAGCUCCUCCCUCUCCCUGCAUGACUCCUACUGCAGUGCUGCCUCAAUACACAGUGAUGGAGAGCCCAGCAGCGAAGGCUUACAGCUCAUGCAGGAGUACAUGAUUACACUAAGAAGCAGACUGAGUCCCCAGGAGAUCCAGCAGUUUGCGCUCCUCCUGCGGGAGUACCGAAUGGGUGCACCCAUCCAGGAGUUCUGUUCAGACCUCCUCCAGUUGUAUGGAGAUACCAGAAAAUUCCUGUUGCUUGGUAUGAGGCCUUUCAUCCCAGACAAAGACGUUGGCAUCUUUGAGAGCUUUCUAGAAGGCAUUGGGAUACGGGAAGGCGGGAUCCUGACAGACAGCUUUGGCCGCAUCAAGCGCAGCAUGAGCAGCACUUCUGCAACGGCCGUGCGUGGCUACGACAGCUGGUCCCUCCCUUCCGGCUCGCAGGACUUCAACAGGAUGAUCACUGAUAUCACGCAUGACAUUGAGGCGCUGGGCUUCGAGGAGGGUGAAGGAGACAUCGAAGAAGAGGACUACUACCUGUGAGGCUGGCCAGCCAACACUGAGAUAUGGAAAACCUCUCAUCCAUUUAAAUGACACAUUUUGUUCCUUUUGGAAUAUAAACGGGACAAAGAUUCACUGAGACCUGGUUAGGACAUCUUUCCAGUUCUGGAAAAACCCUGUAACGAACAUGUGAAUUGUUUCAGACUGAUAUGCAGCGGGGGGUCAAGAGCCUAUCCCUAUGGAUGGAUGGAUGAUAUGCAGUGAUGGAUAGUCCAGGUCCAGAAAGUAAAAAUCCAGAUCAUGAUUUUGUUUCGACCAACCACAGCAUAAAGAGUCACAGUGACAGCAUAAAGAGUCGAUGCAACUCCCUAAUUAUAUUACUUAUUAGACUGUCUUGCCAAAGAGUCCUCACACCUGGGUUUGAACAGCUGACCUAAAGGUUAUCCCAAAAACCUGCAUGCACACUGUUUUAGUGCAUUCAAACUGUUCAGGAGAGCAAUGGAAUUAAACAUUUAUUAUGAGAA